UAGCGCCCCUUUGUCCACCGGAAAUAGGAGACGAGUUAUGGCGUAAGUUGUGAAUUAAGUAGAAUCUGAAGUAGACUAACCAUCUCAGUGUAGUUCUACAUAUCCAUAAAUUUAUUCCAACAGUGCCAUUAUGUUAUCAGCAAUUCUUGGACGUGUCGCUGAUAAAGCUGUUCGCAACCAGAGACUUGUGUUGUCAGUGAAAUACUUAAGUCUCUCUGUGAAACAGCAGCAACUGACAAAAGUUUCUGACAGGAAAGCGCACCAAAGAGCGGGCAGUGGCAAAGAAACGCAUGCAACCAAGAACCGAACAAUAUUACCCAAAGUCAAUAAUAGUCACUUAGACGCCUUCAACGUCAUUAGUGCUGGUUAUUGUGAGGAAGAACAGGAAGCAAAUGACAGUAAAGUUUGUGAUGAUGAUGAUUAUGAUGGAAACAAAGACAGAACACAUCACAUCGCUAAGAGUGCUUCUUUAACAGCUUUCCAAAGAAAGCUGCAAGAAAGCAGGGAUUUCACACUUUCCCAUAAGGAGUGGAAAGAGUUUCGAAAUGAAGCAUAUGCAGAAAACCCCGCCCUUCAGAAGUCAUGGGAGACACUUUGCAUGCAGCUUAUGAGGCAUCAUGCGUGCCCACAGUUAGCUACCUCACUAAUUGAUUACAUAAGAAGCGAAGCCUCUCCAAACCUAAUAACUCUAGCUCUUUACAUAGGUUUGCAAGGAAAGCAUGGUGCAGAAGACAAAGAAAGCUUAAUUUUUAAAAGUUACUCAGAAAUCAAUAAAAUAACAAAUGUAUUUGAUUCCAUGACAGCCAAGUACCUAAUUAGUGGUCUUUCUAUGACAAGCAAAUGGCGUGAAACUCUGGAUAUCCUGGAAAUAGCAAAAUUAACAGUCUCACCUGGAAAAUCUUAUUAUAGCCCUAUUGUGGCAGCUGCUUUUAGAAACUAUGACCAAGAUCUAGCAUUUAAGCUACUUGACGAGAUGGCACAAAAAGGCAUGCAGCCUCAGAAUUAUGUUUUGUUGGAGAUAUUGCAGGUUUGCAAAGACAUUGGUGAUAACACACUGCUUGAGAAGUAUUUCACUUACAUAUGGCAUUACAACUGGCUUCCAUCACAAGAAGAUGCCAGAGAACUGGAACUUCAUUUUACAGGAUCAGCACAAGAAAAAUGGCAGUGUAGAUGGACACAUAUCAAUACAGUCAGAGGAACGUGCAUGGCAUGUAACCAUCAACUAGAGAAAACUGAGCUGCUAGCUGAUGACUUUGAAGCACUUCAGAAAACAUUUCUAGAAAAAGCAUUGGUGGGAAGCAAUGUAUAUCUCAAGUCAAAUCCAAAAGAAGUUGGGAUAUUUGAGGACUUUGUACAGAAGAAUGCUCCUUUUGAUGUAGUUCUAGAUGCUCUUAAUAUUGCUUUUAAAAGAGGACCUAAAAUGUUUUCAAAAUCCAGGCAGCUUCGAGAUAUAGUGAGCUACUUUGCCCAAAAGAAACAUAUGCGAGUAUUGGUGAUUGGCCGAGCUCAUAUGUUGAAGUGGCCUCAAGCUGACAUGAGAUAUAUUCAGCAUCACAGCAAGGUUUUCCUGACUGAAAACGUUUCUUCAGACGACCCAUUUUGUCUCUAUGCCACUCUGGCAAGUGGCAAGAACUGCAUGUUUGUAUCAUCAGACUUCAUGCGUGAUCACAAGUACAACCUGGACUUACAUUUGAAAGAAGUAUUUGUUCGCUGGCAGAAGUCACGCCAGAUUCUCAAUUUCAGCUGCAGUAAUAAAGGUGUCUCUGUGAAAAUGCCAAGUAUGUAUGACUGUGGUCCAGUCAAGGAUAACAGAGGCUGGCAUCUGCCAUAUGCUGUUGACAACACCAGUCUAAAGUCAACCAGCCAACCUGUUUUAUGCCUUCGAUGCUGUGUUCAGAGCCUCCCCUGAAUCACCUGACGAAUAAAAAUAAAUCCCCAGACGGAAAA